CGAUACUUGAUGCUCGCUCAACAAAGCAGCUCAAAUUACUUGAACAACCUAAUUCUGAAACACACAAAAACCAAGGCCAUUCAUUCCCUUGUAACCCUAGCUUCGUCACUCACAAUAUUUGUAAGCAAUCACACAUACAUAUGGAUCAUCAAAGUAGUGAGGAUCAGAAGCUCCAAGCUUUUGACAAAUUCAUCGACAAUAAGUACUACGCCAAGUUGUUUAUAACGAGGACUUUGAAGUUUGUAGUCUCAGUGUCUUUGUUGUCCUUGUUUCUUUUUGUAACAUCAUCAGGUUUUUGUGUACUUCCCGAUCCCUUCAAUCAGUUCAACGCCUAUUUCUCCACGUUGCUUUUGUCAAUCUUUACCCACACCCUUGAGAGGAAGUACAUCUUUCUUAUUUGUAAUGGAAUCCUUGCUUUUCUUGCAAAAACUUCGACUAAUUCUUGCUGUUGCAGUUGCAAUGAUGAAUCCGAUGAGGAUGGCAUCGCUUAUGUGGCUGACGAAGGAGAAGAAGAACCAACGUUGACUUCAGAAGAAGAAGAAGAACCAACGUUGACUUCAGAAGAAGUUGGACAACUACAAGAUCUAGAAAAACAACAAAAUGGUUCUUUAUAUACAGAGAACCAUGAAGAAAUGCAGCCUGAAGCUUUCGUUGAAGAAGAAGAAGAAGAAGAAGUGAGUGAGUCUUUGAUGAAGCAAGGAGAAGAAGAAACGGAAACGCAAGAGCUAGCAACAAAUUCUGACGUUGGAGAUGAUCAGUACGACUUAACGAGCAGUACAGAUGAAUUGAACAAGAAAAUCGAAGAGUUCAUAAGAAAAAUGAAGGAGGAAAUCAGGAUAGAAGCCCAACGCCAACCCAUUAUUGCCGCUUAAUUAAGGGGAUCUUAGAUUUUUGUCCAAAAGCUUAAGCUGCAUCUGUGAGGCAUGUUUUCUCUAGUUUGUAAACUGAUUGUAUCAUCAUCAUCAUCAUCAUCAGUAUGUCUCCACUACUAUUGUAGGUAGACUAGAUAGCACUAGAACCUCCCUUAUUAUGUUGUUAUUUCCAUUGUAUAUAUUAUUUUCUUGUUAAUUAAUUAUGAGUCUUAUAAGCCUGUACCAAGCUAACUUAGCUUUUAAGUUCAAAUCUCUUUCCUCGUAUUCAUGUAUGAUGAGUAAUAUGA